AUGGACGCAGUCGGGCGGUUCUUCGGCCGCAUUAGACAGAGAUUCCAGGAACCAUCGGAUCGCGACCCUCGCACGCCAGCCAAGAAGUCGCCCUCGAUCUCCUCGUCCCGACGUGGUCGCCGCUCAAUCAUCAAGAAGCAAACUCACACGCCUCAAUGGAGGAAAACUCCUCCACAUCAACUCCGUCUUCCCUCCGGCCCACGCACCAUCCGCACCCGCAUGCGCGAAAUCACCGCCAUCUAUGCGGCCAAAACCAAAACCGCCAUCAAGAAAAAGGCUACGCCCCGCACGACCGCUCCCUACGAGCGUCUCUUCCGCACCCCAGGCUCCCUGAUGCGAAAUCGUAAACUAGGAAAGCUAUUCGAGAACCUAGGCACGACGGUCAAAACCACCGAAAUCGAGGCCUGCGCCGCGGCUCAUGACGCCGAUACGUUGCUGGAACUGUUCCAAGAAGCAAAACGGCGCUCGCGACUCAAGAGAGCUGGGAGUCGAUGUGAUCCUGCCGCGCUUGCGGAAGUGGCGAAUCGGGUCUUCGGUGUCGCGGAAUUGUGUGAGAUGGUCUUAUGCCGCCUUCCGCCGAGGGAUAUCAUCGUCACCAGGAGGGUCAACAGGGCGUUUGAGGAAACUUUCGAGGGAUCGCGAGGUUUGCGGAGAAUUACGUUUCAGCCUGCGUCGGCAGACUUGCACCUGGAAGGACGUCUGGUCUCUCUCAACACCAUGAUGUUCCGUCGCACGCUCAAGGCUCCCGGUACAGAGGAUGGCGACGAAUGCGUCUGGCUGAAAAUCAUCGGGUUCCGCGCGGGAAGUAGAAUGGAACUUCGUGGGGAAGAUUUGGUGGGCAGGAUGGUUCUGACGCAACCGCCGGUUCGGCGUGUGGAAGUAGUGUUGGAGUAUACCACUGACUAUGGCCGCAUAAAUCCGGUGGAGAAUGAGAGGGGAGUGACAGUUCAGGAGGUGCUGAAAGCGACGAGGUAUAGAAGUCUAAGGAUGGGGUAUAAGGCUACGAGUGCCUGGGUGAAGCUCCCUGAUUCGGUAGAGCUGGUCUGA